UACCUUGGGUAGAAUCUGGCCUCCUGCCUGAGACCACUGGCCUAAAGAGAAAGAGAGAGUCCUCCACUGAAUCUGAGGAUGAGCUGGAGGAACUGGAAAGUGAGCCAAAUCACCCCUGGGAUGUGGUGUCACUGUGUGGCCUCAAAAUGAAACUCAAAAAACGGCGCAUGAACUCGGUGCAACCAGAACACCAUGAGGUUUUCAAGAGGCUUCUAGAAGAUCCUGUUGUCAAAAGAUUCCUGGCCUGGGACAAGAAUCUGAGAGUGUCUGACAAG